CCUGUAUUCUUGGUGUGAUGACGCCGGAUGCUUUGGAUAAUCUCCGGAAGGGCCGCUUCAGAUGGAGACGAAAGAAAAACAGCCAUAACUUGAAAUCCAACGAAGAAGCAGCCGUAUCUAGUUCAUGUUUAUAUAGGAUUUUCAUCUAAUACUGAUAGCUGUUGUCUAGAGCACAUUUUGACUGUCAACAAGAAAACCCCGGCAGAAUUGAUUGGUGAUACAGGACAACAGACGGUGCACAUCGAUCACGACACGGAGGCGUCUUCUCAGAACCCCGGUCAGGUAAAGGCUGAGAGACCCCAAUGUGUAUCUGGUCAUUUACCUGUACAGUAGUUCAACAUGGAGAAAUGGGAGGGCCGUGCAGCUUUAGUAACAGGAGCUUCCAUGGGGUCAGGAAGGGCUAUUGCCAAAAUGUUGGCCUCACACGGAAUGCGUGUAGCGGCCUGCGCAAGAAGUAUAGAAAAACUACAGACGCUGACGACAGAGUGUAUGUCACUACGCGGCAGCAUCCUCCCUAUAAAGUGUGACUUGACAGUCCGGGAGGACAUAGAGGCGAUGUUCAGCCUCAUCAGGGAGAAGUUGUUAGGUGUGGAUGUCUGUGUCAAUAAUGCUGGCCUUGCACUGGACGCGCCCAUCAUUGACGGCCAUUACGACGACUGGGAGGUGAUGUGGCAAGUAAAUGUGCGGGCGGUUUGUAUGUGCACGCACCUGUCUGUAAAGUCCAUGUUAGAUCGCGGGGUCGACGAUGGACACAUCAUAAACAUCAACAGCCUAUCUGGACAUCGUCUUGGAAAAGCCCAUUUUUACUCGGCGACAAAGUACGCUGUAACAGCCCUGACAGAGGGGGUGCGCUGGGAGCUCAGAAGAGCCAACUCCCACAUCAAAAUCACGAGCAUUAGUCCCGGUCUGGUACGCACCAACUUCGCGUACAACUUGAUGGGGAGAGAGGACGGGGAGGAGUGUUAUAACACAAGACAGGCUUUACUGCCAGAUGACAUGGCAAAGUCUGUAGAAUUCGUACUGGCAACGCCUCCUCAUGUUCAGGUCAGUGAAAUGAUGAUACGUCCAACAGAACAAGUCGUUUGAUACCAAGAGGAACAACUCAUAGUAUAAAAGCAAUAAAAUUCAAAUGCAUUUUCUUUUUAAUGACGAGCAUUUGCUAUUAAAUGCAUCAACAAUAUUCAUUAAUGGGUCACUCAUUAUAAUUUGAUAUUCUAGAUCAUCUCUAAUAAAAAAAAAUUAUGAAACAGGUCACAUGACUUUUUAUCUUUUACAUACCAGACGAAUGCUCUGGUCAAUUUAUUACACCCCUUUCACCAAAAAAAAAUGUAGGGAUAAAUUCAAAACAAGGAAUUAAACACAUGAAAUACUUCAAUAGAAGUCAAACAUAUGACUGUCUAUGCUUUACAAUCUAAAACUAUCCCUCGUAUCAUAUGAUUAGUUUCAACAUUUUCAAACUGAUUUUUAAAAAAAUUCUAACAGCCAAUUAUAUGGCUAUCGAGAAUAGCAUUGGAAUCAAUUCGUACAUUUCAUUUUUUUAAAAGUUCAUUGGGAUCAUAUGACAUACCAACAAAAUGAUAAAUGGUUUGAAUCAGAUCAGGUGUAAAACAACAAAAAUAAAAAGUCAGCAAAAUUGUGGAACAUAACUAGUGCCAUUAAAAAUUCACCGAAUUCUCUUUAAAAUGUUUUUAAAAAAUCAUGCAUAUCACAAAACUGCUUCUUUGGCAGAAAAUUAAAUCAUGAUUUUCCAAAAUAAAUAAAUUCACAUUUCUAUUUUCUUGCGAUUGAUUUUGUUAAUAAGUUUGUUUUCAAAUUGCACAUAUACUAUCUUAUUUUGAUAAAUUAGUCUCAGACCUUUCCAAAAAAAAAAAAAAAGAAAAAAAAAGCAAAUGGCUCAUAAAUAAAUACAUGCAAUACAGAAUAAACCACUUGUAAAUUAAAUUACAUAUUAGAUCAUUAAGAUAAAAGUUAGAACAAAACCAUGAAUAAUCAGUCCCUAACAUCACUAACAAUAACAUGGUUAGAAAGCUGAAUGGAAGAAUCAUGGCUUGAUACACAGCAGGAGUUAUGGUCCUUGGGUUGGAAAAUGGAAGAUAUGACUGGCA